AUGAUGGACAUUGGAUCGGGAAAGCCCAAGUUGCCGGCGCUGCUGACGGAGCACGUCAACUUGGCUUUCCUCAACCGCCUUCCCGCUCGCUACGUUCGCCGGCGCCCCCGGGCAAAGUCCAACACGACGCAUCGCGGCGAGGACAUCACGAGCCUGCAGACCUCGUUCAGCUUCUGGGACGGCCUGCGAGACCUGCAGAAGCACCAAUGGCGUCUCGCCGACCUGCAAUACCUCGUUCUGGCCGGCCUGACUCUCUUCUCGCUCUACAUGGCUCCUCCGGCUCCGGCCCUCAAGCUGUUUGCCCUCAUGGGCGCCACAUGGGUUCUCCUCAUGCCGGCCACCCGCCAGUUCUUCCUCCCGUCGCUUCCCAUCUGGGUCUGGCUGCUUUACUUUUUCACUAGUCGAUUUAUCCCUACCGAGUAUCGUCCUCAUAUCUGGGUUCGAAUCUUGCCCGCCCUGGAAAACGUUCUCUAUGGCGCCAACCUUUCCAACAUUCUCUCGGCCCACAAGCACCCCAUUCUGGAUAUUCUAGCUUGGCUUCCCUACGGCAUCAUGCACUUUGGAGCGCCUGCAGUGUGCUCUUUAAUCAUAUUCAUCUUCUCCGCUCCUGGUACUACCCCCGUCUUCGCCCGUGCUUUUGGCUGGAUGAGCAUCCUUGGUGUCACCAUUCAGCUCAUCUUCCCCUGCACGCCACCAUGGUAUGAGAAUGAACAUGGACUUGUCCCUGCCGCCUACGGAAUGCCCGGAUCUCCUGCUGGAUUGGCUCGUGUCGACGCGAUUUUCGGCAUUGAUCUGUACACGACCAACUUCACCAAUGCGCCGCUUCCGUUCGGCGCUUUCCCCUCUCUCCACGCUGCGAAUGCUGUCCUUGAAGCCUUGUUCAUGAGCCACUGCUUCCCCCAGUUCAAGUUCUUCUUUGCUGCGUACGCUGGCUGGGUUUGGUGGGCGACCAUGUAUCUGAGCCACCACUAUGCCAUCGACCUGGUGACUGGUGGUCUCAUUGCUGCUGCCUUUUACUAUUCUUCUCGUGCUAGGUGGCUCCCCCAACGCCAGGCCGAUAAGCUGACCCGAUGGGAAUACGAGUAUGUCGAGACCGGCGACCACCACAAGAUUGUAGACGAAGAGUCUGGCCAAUACUUUAGCUUGGGCUUCAUCGACCACCGUCGUGCCAACUCCAGCGACGGAUGGACUGUCGCCAGCAGCUCUAGCUGUAGCUCCAGCAGUGGUACCCUCAGCCCCACUGCUUCAGAAGCCUCAAUCCCCGGAAUGCUGGUCAUGGACUUGACCAGCGAUGGCCAAGCCUGGGAUGGCCAGAUCCCACCGAGGGACGUUGAUUUGAGCGAAGUUGUUGUAUCACGGUAAUGGCAUCUUGGAGUCCGACGAUGCUGUCGGGCAUCUCUUGCUCGACGAUACAAAUUUUUCUACCAUCUCCUAUAUCACUCAAACUCAUCACCCUUACGACGGGUGAUUGAGCGUUACGAACCCGCUUAUGAUUCGAUUCAAAAUUCGUAAUUAAUAUUUGGCGAAGGCCUUAUUUUUCCAAACAUCUUUGGCAUUCAUCGGCACAGCGAAAUGGCGCAAUGUGGUGUUGAUUUUUUUUCUUAUUGGUGAGGGGGAAUCAUGUCCGGCUUCUGUAUGGCCAAGCCGGAUACCGAAUAUUUAAUACUGGGGAGGGGAGUCUGGAUCGGGGAAUCAUGGGAAAGAAAAGGAUAUUAUUUUUCCAUUCGAACCUUUCACAAUGAUUCGACUGCAUAUAUUCGACACGGGAGGGUACUACUUCAAAUGAUAGAGUACGUAAUGU